CGGAUUUAUUGGCCUGAAAGUCUGCCUCGGGGGAACGCGCUAUCGAGACUGGCCAAGAGAACAAACCGCCAGGGUCUUCUUUUCCUCGCUGACGAUAAGCUGGCAAAAGACGGAUUAUCCUGCACGGAGCGGGCUUAUCGGCGCCAACCCAAAUACCUCGCUCAACGGCCCGUACUGUCUUGUGUUUUCAGCGUGUUCUAUCGCGACACGAGAAAGCAAGGGAGGAACCACGACUAUUAGCUAGUGGAGUCUCGCCUUUGACGACGCUUCAUAUUCUCCUCCUCCCUUUCCCUUCCUCUUCUCCUUUUCCCUCUCCUCUUGCUACGCUUCUCCGUCGACCUAGCCUGCAUAUCAUAUCUACGCCAUGAAUGACUCGCGUCGGACGGACCAUGAGGGCGAUACAGCUGCUUCCACCGUCGCGAUUGAGCCAGAGUCUGCCAACAACUACUCCUUUCUAAUACAUUCCAACAAGACAUUGACGCAGGAUCUUCCACCUAAAGUCGAUAGUAAGGUGUACAUCCGUCAGCGCCGUCGGCGCACCAGGUACGUGUCCUGGCUAUACCGACCAUGCGAAGGGUAUGGAACUAACCACAAGACUGGCAGCCCCGAGGACCAUGCUAUUUUAGAAGCGGAAUACCGAUUGAAUCCAAAGCCUGACAAGGCUACCAGAGCGAGCAUCGUCAGCAGAGUCUCUUUAGGGGAUAAGGAAGUUCAGAUAUGGUUUCAGAACAGAAGGCAGAACGACAGGCGAAAAUCCAAACCGCUACAUCCAAAUGAACUAUCCUCGAAUACACGUGAACUCGAAAGCUCUCAGAAAACUGUAGAUGCUAGUCCACCAAACACGCAGAAUGAAAAGCUGAAUUUAAGUGCCGAUGAUGCCAACGGUAAUACACUGGGCACACCUUCCAACUGCCAGUGCGAACACAAUAUCGCAUCGUCACAGCUCGAAAGCUCACAAACUUCUACAUCGGCCAAAUCUCAAGAAAAUCAGUGUAGAGUGUGCUCUGCCGUCAAUGAACCAAGAUUACGUUCUCAGCUUUCCUCGGGUAAGAGGAAGCGUGCGGAUUCAGGCGUCAGUGGACUAGGAGUUGAACUUGAAAACGGGCGAAGAUCAUUUGGCUCCACGAACUCGCCAUCUCUUCGUCUUUCUCUUUCCUUCGAUGGCGAGGCAGUGGUACGUGGCGAAGAUGAAAAGACUCCGUCUCCUCCCAAAAUUCGCGAUUCUUUGCGAAUUGCUUUCUCUGCAGACGGUGAAGCAGUUGUUCGAACGGCAGGAGAGCCGUCACCGUCCCCUUCACGAAACCGUACUUCGACUCCCCUUUCUCUUCAGUCCCGACUUAGAAGCCUUCGACGAACAAGCAGUGCCGUCUCAUUUGGAUCUAAAUUACCAGAUGCUGCUAAUAUAUUUGGCCGGUCUCGAGAUUCACGCAGAUGGGAGUUGUAUUGUGAUACAGACGCGCGUAGCGCUCUCUCCUCGCCUAAAAUCGGAGCGGGCCCUACGCCUGACGGGAGUGGAAGCGCCAGGUCCUCUCGUAGGAGAGCUUCCAACGCGAAUGCGCGUAUAUUAUCGCCAUGUGCUAAUCUUCCGAACUCACUACUACCCACUAACCCACCCAAGAAGCGAAAGAAACUAUCCCGCGCUGUGUCCUCUCUUGGCCGGCUGGAGACCGAGCCAUCAUUAGAGACUGUUAACACCACCAAACCCAACAGCUCUCAGGGCAACAGAAACCAAAAAACGAAGCCCAAAACAGAUUUCCACAACGGUGACUCCGACAAGGAAAACUGGCUCCCAGGCACACAGGAUGUAGGCCCUCGUCGCCGCCGACUACAUCCCACCGCCCACCCGCAGAAUCGUGUUCUUCAAACAUCAGGGGAUGCUCGGCGCGAGGGAAAUCGAAUUAUUGGGCGAGGAAUAACAUCUCCUCGAAAGGACCAUGACAAAAACAGGGACCACGGACUUAGUGGGAAGCCAUCUCUCCCCGGCACAAGUUCGAACCAGGAAGAGGAUCUUGACUGCAUCCAGGGUUUACUCUCCUUGAGCCAGGGUGCUUGGAAAUGA